AUGCUCUUCUUUACCCGCCGCCUGCUAGCGGAGGUGACGACCAUUAAUAGUAGCACCGCCUCGGCCAGUGGGCGUCUCAUUCGCAUCCGCAAGAAAUCCAAAUGGAUUGACCGGCGCAGCAAACGCAUUCCGCACAAUGGGAAGGAUGUGUGGCUCUUCGGCGAGCAGCCAAGCUGUGCGCUCUGCCACGUGCGAUUCCGCUUCAAACAGGACUACGAGGCACACAAGGAGAGCGAGCUGCAUCAAAACCGUUUGAGAUGGGUGGAAACAAUGAGGUGGUGGAAGGAGAUCGGCGAGCCGCAGCACCUGCAACACAACGCGGCGGAAUGGGAGUGGUUUGAGCAGCACGUGCUUCCGAAGAAGGCAGCUACUAUGGGGGUUCCUCUUGAGGAGGCGGCGCGGCACUUUCGCCGUGCGACGAUGCUGGAGACACCGAAGUGGCACGGUCGGUUGCAGCCGCCCAACGUGCGUUCAGAGAUCAAAGAACCCCGGGACCAGCGCUGGCCGGCAUCCCCAAAAUGGUAG